AUGGCACCUCUCACUGACGAUGCCGGCGAAACGUUUGGAAAUGUACCCAACCAAUGGUCCAAUGCUGGAAAUCACGAAGCAUUCGAGCUACUGAGGAAAUGGGACGAUGGCAGGAGGCAAAGAGACUUGCGCUUUUCUCGACGCUGUCCUCCGAUCGCGGGCUUUAAGAAUUCUUCUCAAGGUCGGAUUGUCAUGAUGCGUUGCGCUGUUGUGACAGUCCCUAUUGGGGGGCAAGAGACAUGUCGGCCAACCCAGAAACAAGAAACCGUCGGUAAAGUACUUGAGCAUAUGACCAAUACAGGAACCGGAUAG